AUGAACGCCGCCACCAUCCAAGCCCAGCAGGCCCUCAACGCCUACGGCCCCGUCUCAUCCCCUCACAUCUUCGACCGCGCCUCGUCCAAGAGAGUCUUUGCCGAAAUGCUCGGAUCCCGCCGCACUUCCUCCUCCUCCUCCUCCUCCCCCCGCCCGAGCGAGUCUCGCCGCCCCUCGGCCGCCAUCUCAGUCGAUGCCGCCCCCCAAAAGGACCGAAAGGACAAGAAAAAGGUCAAGCUGCCUACCGCCGCGCUGCCUCCUUUCCGAUUCGUCAACUAA